UCUUGCCGUUUCGGCGCUUCGAGCGUCGAUCAUGUGUAUCGGUUGCCUCCGUAAGUGUUCGAGCGCGAAGAGAAGACUUGAUUGAAAAUGGGAAGAAAAGUGAUAUUGGCCUCAUGCACUCUGAACCAGUGGGCGAUGGAUUUUGAGGGAAACUAUCAUCGCAUCUUGAGAAGUAUAAAAGAGGCCAAGGCUGCGGGUGCCACAUUUCGUUCUGGACCCGAAUUAGAAAUUCCAGGAUACGGAUGCAAUGAUCACUUUCACGAAAGCGACACCCUCCUUCAUUCGUGGGAGAUUCUGGCGGAGCUCUUGAAAGAUCCGGACUGUGAGGGAAUCUUGAUCGACGUAGGCAUGCCAGUCAUGCACAAAAAUGUGACUUACAACUGCAGAGUAGCAUUCUUGAACAGAAAAAUAUUAUUAAUUCGACCGAAAAUGAUGCUCUGCGACGAUGGUAAUUACCGGGAGAGCCGCUGGUUUACACCCUGGAAGAAGUGCCGGAAGGUCGAAGAGUAUUUUCUGCCCAGGAUGAUCCGCGAUGUCACUGGACAGAAAACUGUUCCUUUUGGAGACGGAGUGAUCUCCACGUUAGACACUUGUAUUGGAUUCGAGAUAUGCGAAGAGUUGUGGAAUCCUUGCAGCACCCACAUUCCAUAUGCCCUGGACGGAGUGGAAAUAUUCGUGAACGGAAGUGGCUCCUAUCACGAGUUACGCAAAGCCUAUGUACUCGUCGAUUUGGUUAAAUCUGCAACGGCAAAGAAUGGAGGGAUUUAUUUAUUUUCCAAUUUGAGAGGAUGCGACGGAGAGAGAGUCUACUAUCAAGGUUGUUCGCACAUUGCCAUUAAUGGACAUGUGGUUUCUCGGGCCAGGCAGUUUGCACUCCAAGAAGUGGAAGUAAUCACUGCGACUUUAGAUUUAGAAGAUGUGAGAACAUAUCGAAAUUCAAUCAGAAGUCGUAAUUCUAUGGCGGCUGGAUCAGAAGUUUAUCCCAGAGUCAAAGUCGAUUUUGCCUUAUCAAACGAAUACGACAUUGCAUUACCGACGUUUGAACCGAUUCUUUGGGAAUAUCACACGCCAGAAGAAGAGAUCAGUCUAGGUCCGGCAUGUUGGCUGUGGGACUAUUUACGCCGCAGCAAUCAGGGUGGUUUCUUUUUGCCUCUCAGUGGCGGUAUCGACAGCAGCAGUGUUGCUGUCAUCGUUCACUCCAUGUGCUCACUGGUUUGUAGUGCCAUCAAGGAAGGAGACUCUAAUGCUUUAAAAGACAUUCAGAGGAUAACUGGAGAUCAGAAUUACGUACCUCAGGAUGCAAGAGAAUUAUGUCACCGCCUGUUAGUGACUUGUUACAUGGGAACUGAAAAUUCUUCCAAAGAAACCAAAGCCUAUGCCAAAGACUUAGCAAAUCAAAUUGGAAGUUAUCACACGAGUAUAAUAAUUGAUACUGCAAUCAAUGCAGUGAUUGGAAUAUUUACUGCUGCAACUACCCUAAUACCGAGGUUUGCAGCUCGAGGGGGAAGUAUGCGAGAAAAUCUUGCAUUACAGAACAUUCAGGCACGUUUACGAAUGGUUCUUGCAUACUUAUUUGCACAGCUGAUGCUUUGGGCCAGAGGACUAUCUGGAGAACUCCUGGUUCUGGCAACUGCCAAUGUGGAUGAAGGAUUACGUGGCUAUUUAACCAAAUAUGACUGUUCAAGUGGAGAUAUAAAUCCGAUUGGAGGAAUCUGUAAAGGAGACUUGAAGAGAUUCUUACUGUAUGCUGCAAAAAAAUUUGAAAUUCCUGCAUUAAACAAUAUAUUAGUAGCACCCAGCACUGCAGAAUUGGAGCCUCUGGUAGAUGGAAAAUAUGUACAGACUGAUGAGGAAGAUAUGGGAAUGACUUACGAGGAACUUGAAAUGUAUGGAAGAUUAAGGAAACAGGAUGGCUGUGGCCCUUACUCGAUGUUUUGUAAAUUAAUUCAUAAAUGGGAACACAAAUACAUGCCGGCCGAGGUUGCUGAAAAAGUAAAGUACUUCUUUAGACACUACGCAAUAAAUCGUCACAAAAUGGUUGUCCUAACUCCUUCCUACCAUGCCGCAUCUUACAGCCCGGACGACAACAGAUUUGACCACAGACAGUUCCUUUAUAAUGUACAAUGGAAUUGGCAAUUUAAAGCCAUAGAUGCCGAAGUACUAAAAUUACAAUCCCUGAAACUUAUGGACAACCGUUCGCAAACUGUCUCAAAUAUUGAAGAGAAGCGUCACAUUUUAUCUAUGCAGGAGAAUACGCAGUCAGGUUUUCCAAUAAAACAUCCUAGUAACUACGGAAUGGGAGUGGUGGUUUCGAAUGCCCUGGCAAACUGGGAUCCAUUUGUCCAUCGCGUCUGAAUAUAAAGUUUUAGGACCUAAUUAAAAACCCAUUAUUACACCUAAGUCACAUUUUAUUUAU